UCCCUCCCCCGGCCCCGGGGCGGGCUCUGCGGGAGCUUGGCGUGUGCGGUGGGGUGGCGGGAGGCUGCGGGAGGCCCGCGUCUCCUCAGAGGACGCCUGACGAGGGGGAAGAUGGAGGAGGAGGCGGCCAUGGCGGCCAGGCCCCUGGUCCGGUCCUUACGGCCCCGGCCGGGGGGCUGCCCUCGGGCCUCGCCCCUCAGCGGCGCCCACUAGCCCGGCCCGAGGGAAACCCCGUCCUCCUCCUCUUUUCCUCCUCCUCUUUUCCUCCUCCUCUUUUCCUCGUCCUCGUCCUCCUCCUCCUCCUCAACUUUCCAAAGUGGGUUGGCCGCGGGCCCCCAGGAGGAGGAGGAGGAGGAGGCGGCCUCCAAGCCACCAUCCCCGCUGGCUGGGAGGAGUCAUGCUUCUCCGUCUGUAAUGUCCGCGGAACAGGACAAGGAGCCCAUUGCGCUGAAGAGAGUUCGAGGUGGAGACAGUGGACUGGAUGGGUUAGGAGGACCAGGUGUUCAGCUUGGAAGCCCUGAUAAGAAAAAGCGCAAAGCAAACACCCAGGGGCCCUCUUUUCCUCCACCAUCAGAAUAUGCCCCACCACCAAAUCCAAGCUCAGAUCAUCUGGUAGCUGCAAAUCCAUUUGACGACAACUAUAAUCCCGUUUCCUACAAGCCUCUUCCUUCAGGAAAUCCGUACCUUAGUCCCGGUUAUCCCGGCUUUGGGGGCUACAGCACAUUCAGAAUGCCUCCUCACAUGCCUCCGAGACUGUCUUCCCCUUACUACGGGCCGUACGCCCUUCGAAAUCAGCCGCACCAGUUUCCCCAGAACCCCAUGGGCAUAGGGUUCAAUCGACCUCAUGCUUUUAACUUUGGGCCCCAAGAUAAUUCCGGAUACGGAAAUCCGGUUUACAGCGGCGGGCUGGGGCAAAAUGUUAAUAUGCCCGGUCAGCAUUUUAGACCAAAUCCCAGUGAAAACUUUCCUCAGAUGCCUCCACAGAGCGCCAACCAAAUGGCCAAUCCCGACAUGGUCUCUCAUUUUGGCCCCGGAAACGCUCCGAGUUUCACCUCCCAGUUAGAACCGAAUCAUUCUUUCGUCCCCCUACCAAACACUUUUAGUCAGGCCAAAGCCCCACACCAGAAGCCAGACUUUCAUCAAGGCCAGAGCAAAAACACCGCUCAGAACUCCUCGGCACACCCGCCUCAGCUGAGCCUGGACCCCGCCGGGAAUCAGAGUACCGCCGAGGCGAAAAACGUCCACCGCAACAACGCGGCCAACACCGAGAGCAACCACUCCGGCGGAGCCGAGGCGGUGACCAGCAGCCAGGCCAACGGGACCCAAAACCAACCCCGCCCGCCCAGGGGCUCCUCCGCCGGGGGCAGCUCUGAAAAGAACAGCAAAAGCACCCUCCCCCUCAGCCGCCACGGCCACCCGUCCUCGGACCCGGUGUAUCCUUGCGGCAUAUGCACGAACGAAGUGAACGAUGACCAGGACGCCAUCUUGUGCGAGGCGUCCUGCCAGAAAUGGUUUCACCGUAUCUGCACGGGCAUGACCGAGACCGCCUACGGGCUCCUGACGGCGGAGGCGUCGGCCGUCUGGGGCUGUGACACCUGCAUGGCCGAAAAGGACGUUCAGCUGAUGCGCACCAGGGAAAGCAUCGGGUCCACGGCGGUGGGUACGGACGGGUAGUGGCGGGAAGGGUUUUUUGUGUUUUGUUUUUUUUCCUCCCAGGUGUCGCAGAGGUUCGGCUUUCAGAGGAUCCCAAAGCUUUCCAACGUCCCUGAGAAUCGUAUUUGUCUCUUCAGCUUCCGGCUUAAGCUUAGCGAUUUCCAGGCCGAACAUUCGAUCUUAGGUCUGGCGCGCAUGAUGAUUCUCUUUUUUGGUGUGUCCUCCCUGGGUGUUCAUCACAAAUACAAAAGCCUCUCAAAGCUGCAGAUCCAGACUGGUAAAAUUCAGAUUUAGCGUAAUCACAGGAAGGUCCUCCCCCACUCCCCCACCAACAACAUCCCCACUAAAAAAAAAAUAAUUACUAGAAUUAUUGGCGGCUGAACAUAAACUGCUCCAAAACGCUGAGCUUUUGAAGCAUGGCCAAUUAGAUCGACAUCCAAUGCAGUUCAUGGUUUUGCCGGGGUUCAUUUGACUCAAAGGCUGCUAAUCUUGUGUUAUUAAGGUAAAUUACGUGUAGGUGGCGGAGAAACACUAAGGUUCUUUAAAUCUUUUUUGAAAGACAAGGUUUGCUAAUAAAUUUCUCCAGGUGGCCUGGUAUUAAUGACUUCUGUCAUUUCCAAGUAUUUCGUCUUCGAAGAGCACUGGGGCAGUUUUUUUUUUCUCUCUCCACCUCCCCAUUUGCGAGGUGCCCGUUUGAUUUUAAUUGGCGUUAUGGUUCGGCACCGACUGGAGAAUUUGCCCCCAAGAGCAUCAAAAGCUGUGCAAAUCACAAUAGGUUAUCUGCAGAAUUUUAGAAACGGGAAGAAAAAAGAAGGCCGUUGACCCCGCUCGAAGCCUUUACCGAAGAUCAGUCGGGCUAAAACUGUGGUGUGGCCCGGUGUCUCUCUCAGCCACGGUGCUCAGUGGGAGGCAAAAGUUCCUAAUUGGUUUACACUGCAUAUUUUAGGAGAGUACUGUGUUAGCAGGUUUUUAAGCAAGCGGCCAACCAACCCGGUACGAUUUUCCUCUUGAGAUUCUAGCAAUCAAGGAAAAUACCGUUAAGAGGUAACACGUUGCAUUCGGCACAGCCAUUCCUAGCUUGUGAGAUCAUGUUUUCUUUCUGAGGGGUUGUACAAUAUGCUGAGCUGGAUAAUGUGAACAGGGCAUUGCAGUUUUGGCCUCAAGAGUCCACUUAUUUUACCCACUGGUACAUGAGUUCUGUUCUCUUCCCAAGCUGAUUAUGCGUUCUCCUCAGCCUUCUGCUAACACACCAAAUUUCACUUGAGGCAAUUGCUGUCAGUAUUGUGCAGCCAGCUAGGUCUUGAAAGCCAAAUACAUUUGUCUCUCCCAAGUAACAGUAAAAAGAAAAAGGAAAAAAGAGAAAUCGGGGACACGCCAUGUAAAAAAAUAUUGGGGUUGGGAAAUUUUUCCUCGGUGCCCUCUUUUCAACUGUGGGGAAGCAACAUGGCUUAGUGGAUAAUAAUAAUAAUGUUGG